UCCGGUGACAUUUGUUCUGUGUAUAAAGCCAACUGAGGUUGAGCUUUAGCAUCACUAUUACAUCUGUGGAUUCUCGUGUAAAUAUUUUAAAUAAACCUUGGCUCUUUAGACUCCCUGUUUCUGAAAAAGCAGUGUGUGUUUAAAAAAUGGAUGCAAUAUUCAGCUGCAGGCUGGAGGAUAUGGAAGAUUAUUACAGCUUGCUGGGAUGUGAUGAAUUAUCUACAGUCGAACAAAUUGUUGCAGAGUUUAAAGUUAGAGCUCUUGAAUGUCAUCCAGACAAGCAUCCCGGAACCCCUCAAGCUGUGGAGAAUUUUCAGAAGUUACAACAUGCAAAAGAGAUUCUUUCCAAUGAAGACAGCCGAGCCCGUUAUGACUACUGGCGAAGGAGCAAAAUUGCUAUUCCAUUCCAGAAGUGGGAAGCCCUGAGCAACUCAAUGAAAGCAGUUAGUUUUGUCUUGUGCAGUCACAUAUCUCGGAGAAAUGAACCAUUAUACCAGUUUGUGGGCAGGAACGUUGGGUGGCAGAGUUAUGGAUAUUUUUUGUUCACUAUUCUGCAAACUGCAGUCAGUCCCCUUAAUCUUCCUGGUACAACUCAAGAAGCUGAUGAUCACUUCAAAUAUCUUACCUGGCAUAGGAUCUGGUUAUUUGUGGAACCACUUUCUUUUAAGGGUGUCUGA